UAUCCCUCGAGUGACAGUUGGCGAUCCGAGACACCGGAAGCACUCGUCGGUUUUGGUGACGCUGCAUUAGACUGCAAGACAUGGACCGGUCUCGGUUGUUCGGAUGGUUCCUCAUCAGCCUGGCUCUUGCCUGGUCUCAGGCGCUCACCCCGGCGCACUACCUUUCUCUGUCUGAUGUGUCCAGACUGCAGAACCUCCUCAGCCAACAUUUCACCGACCUGGAGUCCGCAUACUACUCUGUUGUUGGUCUGACCAAACUGGGAGCGUCUGUUCCCGAUCCUACGGAAGUGUGCCAGUACCUCAAAUCUCAGCUUGACCCCACCAGUGUUGACUCCCUCUUCUUUGCUGCUGAGACCAGCCAAGCAAUCUCAGGAUGUGAGAUACCUGUGUCCAAUGAAACCCGUGACAUCCUCCUGGCAGCGGUCAGUGAAGAUUCAACCAUGGCUCAGAUUCAUCGGGCUGUGAGUGCUCUCAGCUCUCUGGGGCUCCCACUGGCUUCUCAGGAAGUUGUAGGUGCCUUGACAGCUCGCAUCAACAAGGAGGACAAUGUCAUGGCGAUCACUUUAGCUCUGCAAACAGCAACCCGCCUGUCCCAGCAGGCAGAAUUUGGAGGAAUACUUGAGGAAAUUGAGGAUCUCACAGCUCGUUUGGAUGAUCUUGGCGGUAUCUACCUCCAGUUUGAGGAGGGACUUGAGGCAACAGCCAUGUUUGUGACGGCUGCUUAUUCACUGUCAGAUCAUGUGGAUAUGGAGCCCCCUCUGAAGGAGGACCAGGUCAUCCAGCUGGUCAACUCCAUCUUCAGCAAGAAAUCCUGGGACUCUCUGGCCGAGGCGUUCAGUGUAGCAAGUGCCGCCGCCGCUCUGUCCAACAAUCGCUUCCACGUGCCCGUCAUUGUCAGUGCUCAAGGCCCUGCCACAGUGUCCCACAGCCAGCCUACCUUGCAGCUCCUUGUGACUGAUGUCAUGUCUCAGCCUCUGGCCUCAGCCAAUGUGCUGGUAGAAUCUGCGUAUGCUGUGGCCUCCAAGAGCGUGAUUCUCAGCCAAGCACCAUUCACACUUAAUGAUGGCGUCUUUGAAUUAAAUUUCAUGUCGAACCAGCCCACCAGUGGAUAUUACCAGUUUACUGUUGCAGUGACCGGAGAUAGUCGCCUGGUUGCCAAUCAUGUAGAGCUCAAAGUGAAGGUGUCCACUGAGGUGGCUGUCAGUAACAUGGACCUGUCUGUGGUGGAUAAAGACCAGAGCAUUGGCACAAAGACUAGCAGGGUGGACUAUCCUUCCAAAGCCAAGGCUUCCUUCACAGCUGACGGUCACCAGAACUUUGCGAUGUCCUUCCAGCUGGUUGACGUCAACACUGGUGAGCUUACCCCCCACCAGACAUUUGUCCGGCUGCACAAUCAGAAGACAGGCCAGGAAGUUGUGUUUGUGGCCGAGCCCGACAGCAAGAACCUGUACAAGUUUGAGUUGGACACAACAGAGCGGAAAUCAGAGUUUGCCUCCAUCUCUGGUACCUAUUCCCUUCACCUUAUCGUCGGAGAUGCUACUUUGGAGAAUCCCAUUUUGUGGAAUGUGGCUGAUGUUGUGCUGAAGUUUAUGGAUGAGGAGGCUCCAGCUACCAUUCAGCCCAAGACUCUUUAUGUACCCAAACCAGAAAUCCAGCACUUAUUCAGGGAACCAGAGAAGAAGCCUCCCACGGUGGUCUCUAAUGCCUUCACUGCACUCAUCCUGUCUCCCUUCCUGCUUCUGCUCAUCCUGUGGCUAAAGCUUGGAGCCAACAUUUCCAACUUCAGCUUCUCCCCCAGCACCAUUCUGUUCCACGUGGGACACGCAGCCUUGCUGGGCUUGAUGUACGUCUACUGGACCCACCUGAACAUGUUCCAGACCCUGAAGUACCUGGCGAUUAUCGGUGGUGUAACUUUCCUCGCCGGGAACCGCAUGCUGGCCCAGAAAGCAGUGAAGAGAAUUGAGAAAAAAUAAGGGCAUGAAAAUUUAAGGAGGACACUGAUGGAGCCCAUUUAUUGUUUCAACGGAUUCAUUCAACAGUGCAUCAAAUCGGACUUUAAACACGGCGUGGCAGUUCAAGAAUCCAAUCAACAGCUUAAACAUGCAGUUUGUCAGUGUUGCCAAAUGGAAGGAAUCUAGACAUCACAGCGGCUCUGAGGGGGGAAAAAAACGCUCACUGACAGAUCCUCCUACUGAGGACUAUACAGCUACUGAUCAUUGCACUUCAUCCUCCUGUGAGAUUUGUGUCCUUUUGUUGUCCAACAUGCCAGUGUUUUCUAACUGAGCUGGGAUUUUUAUUUGGUUUCUUGCUGGGUCUUUUUUUUUUUUUGUUUGAUUUGUGGUCAUAUUUUGUACAUUCCUCUUGGUCUUCACUCAGUGCCCGUUUCACCUCACAUGUUUCAGCUGAUAAAUAAACCACAGGCAGGGGCACUGACACUUUGAUCAUUACCCAGAAAAAAAAUGGUUAAUGAAGUAAUACGGGCCAUUUGAGAAUAUGAUGUUUUUGUAAUGAGAGAGGAAAUAAAGAAUCUGAGGUGAAUCCAA